UCUGAAUCAAAGGCCGCUUCUGUUGUGUAAACACAGAGGCGGGUCUAGAUGGGAAAUCCAAUUCUGAGGGCGGAGUCUUGAGAAAUUCCCAACACGUGAAUUCUCGAAAAGGCUUUCCUGUCGACUUGGCUUCUGAGCAACGCCAGCGUUUACAAUAAACCGAAACCUUUCAGAUCAAAUAAAAAUGUAGUGGCCGGAUUGUACGCGUUCAGUGUGUGUGUGUGUGUGUGAGAGAGCGUGUGGAGCCGUGCAAACACACAAGCGGGGCAGGAGAGCACGCUGCGUGCAGAAUCGACCUAGCACAAUAUUCAUAAUAAUAAUAUUAUAUUAUUGCAUAGCUGGAUGCCAGAAAAAGUCAUGUAUUUGUCUGGGAUGGACUCACCUGGCGGGGUUAAUUUACAAUCGACAUCAGAAGACGAUGGCAGUUCGCAAGGGACUUCUGAUUUGAAUUUCAAACACGGUGACAGAAAAAUGACCAGAAGAGCGAAAAACAGAGCCGCCGCACAGAAAAGCCGUCAGAAACACACGGAGAGGGCGGAUAGUCUACACCAGGAGCUGGAAAACCUGGAAAAGGAGAACAGUGCCUUCCAGAAAGAGAUUGCAGGACUGAGAAGAGAGCUGGAGCAAUACAACAAAGUCCUGGAGGAGCACAAAGCCACGUGCACGCUGCUGCACGGCUAUGAGGUUCAGAACUUGAACUCUGGGCUGUGCACCAGGGGCCAGCCCACCCCCGAAACUGACAUCCUCGCCUCCAACUGGCCCGACCUGAGCUUUUUUUAUCCUGUGUUGUGAGGAGAGCGGACGACCACCGUCGAUUGUAGCAAUUCUAAUAUAAAAGCGGGGUCUAGUUUCAAAUGCCGUAGAACAGGGCUUCUCGAACCCGGUCCGGGGGACCCCCUGUGUCUGCUGGUUUUCAUUCCAGCCGAGCUCUUAAUUACUCAACUAGACCUUUACUUGAAAUGAUCGUUUGCUGAAUUCGAGACCUUUUUAAUUGUUUUCAGUUCUUGAGCAGCUGCAGAUUUCAAGUUUGCGAUUUUAGAUUUGGGAAGUAACUUUCUAAGAACUGUUUAAGAACUGAAAACAAGGAAGAAAGGUCUAAUUCAGCAAAUGAUCAGUUCAGUGAAGGGUCUAGUUAAGUAAUUAAGAGCUUGGUUGGAAUAAAAACCGGCAGACACAGCAGAGGGGGCCCCCAGGACUGAGUUUGAGAAGUCCUGCCGUAGAGUAAGUAGUCUCGUUUUGAAUUGCUGUUUUUUUUUUUUUUUUUAUAUAUUCCCCUCGCUGUUUUGCCGUCACUUUGAGUGAUUCUGGGUUAGGCUGGUUUCCAGCAUUGGGUUCUCCUUUAAAAUCUUGCCUUUACCUUGGCUUUGAGCUGCUUUGACCUUGUCUGGAGAAUCAUAAGUGCCAGGACCUGAACAGCCUGCCUCGUGUGUGGUGGGGGUGGUGGGGGGGGGGCUGACAGAGUUGAAAGGUCGCACUGGGGGCAUCCAAGCAGUUAGGAGCCUCUAGGCAAGCCAAAAGCAGCUCAGAGCCCGUCAAAGGCAGAUCUGAGAGAAUCUUGACAAUAGCUCAGUAUUGCAAACACCAUAAAACAUUAAGGGGACUAUUUUUUUGCUGCUCGCUGUCAUCUGAAUCAUCGUGCUGUUUUUUUUUUUUUCUGUCGCGGUCUCCGACUGCCGUUUAAGUACUGCUACUGGUCCAAGGUCGGCCAUACGCAGACAAUAUAACCCACAAGCCCCUUCAGCCAAUCAGAACGGACAGCAGGAGAGCCUUAUCCAAUCAGAAGAGCAUUAGACACGGGCGGGACGUCGGGUGAACCCGCCCUACAGACGAUUUGUUCUUCCGACCCGGGGAUUCCACUCGGCCAAAAUCGGCAGGGACCGUUUCUCCUCGCCGGCACUACAGCGCACCCUGCUGGCCGUUACGGGAACUCAAGCGGACACCUGCAGGGCUUGUCCUCCAGGGGGCGGUAGAUCACAUCCGCUGCAGAGCUGCCGGGUGGAAAGAGGCGACUGGUUCUGAGGAUCGGAGGAUGUUCUGAUGAGCUUGAGUUCAGCUCCUGAUGCUGCGGGUGAAGGGAGCACGACAGGACACUAAAUUGGGGAGAAAACACACACACACACUGUGUGUACACUUGUGCACAAUCACACAACAUUACUAUCACACACACACACACACACACACGUGUGCAUAGCAUUAAGUAGCUCACCUGAGAUCUAUUAACAAGUUUAAAUGUAGCUGAGGAACUUUUAUACUGAUAUACUGUUUUUAGAUAUUGAAUAUAUAUAUAUAUAUAUAUACACUAUAUAAUAUAGUUUGAAUGUGUGCUUCUGUUGUAUACUUUUCUCAAUAACCAAACCAAGUCUCCAUUGAAUAGGCACUGAAGAGUACAUUAUGUUUGCCAUUGCAUGAUUUAAUAGGGUUGUUCUACCCCCUGUUAAAUAACGGAAGGGAAUCAGACUCCCGUUGUAUAGCGGUGCGAUCCAUUCCAGGUUUUACUGCUACCAGCUUGAUCAGCCCCCAGUGUGUCUAGCUAACAAGGGGACAGGUCAGUUAUA